UCUCCUUCACAAUUUUCCAUUCAUUAACCCAUCUUCUUGUUCUUAAAUAUAUCUUCCUUUUUUAUUUUGUCUUGGAAAAAAUGGCUCCAAGAGGGGAUUCUUGGAGGCACAAUGAAGAAGUUAUUCUUUGCCAAGCUUGGAUCACCAUUGGGGGUGAUGGUUGCAUCGGAAAAGAUCAAAAGUCGGAUUUAUUGUGGAGUCGUGUGGCGGAGGAGUACAAUGCUCACAAACCGGCCGGUUGCAUGGAGAGAACACAUUCUAGUUGCCACUCUCGUUGGAAGAGAAUAAGUCCGGCAUGUAUGAAGUGGCGCCAAGCUCUUAACAAGGUCGAACACUUUCAACGAAGAAGCGGCGAAAAUAUGGAGGACGAGCUCAUGAAUGUUAAAUCAACGUACUACGACUCGGAAGGUUGCGAUUUUGUGUUUGAGCAUUGUUGGCAAUACUUGAAAAAUACGGAAAAGUUUGGGAAAACGCCAUCAAUGGAAAACACCCACUUUAGUCCUAAUCAUGUCAACUUGGAUAGCGAUGAAACACCCACUACUGAGGAUGAGCUUCCCUCAUCAAGAAAGGCACGUCCUCAAGGACAGAAAGCUCAGAAGCUAGCUUAG